AUGGACCAGCUCAGGAGAUUCAUUCAAUGGGAUGCCAAAGGAAUACUGGAAAAGAUACGAUUGUGUUUGAUAAAGAAACUGCUGCCAGACUGGGAAGACAGAAGGAAGUACCACGAGGAGUUUGCCUCAUCCACUUCGUUCCAUGGCGUGCACAACAUUGUGCACAGGCGGAGCAGGGCCCGCCGGGCGCUGUGGCUGCUGGUGGUGGCGGGCUGCCUCGCCACUGCGGCCUGGCAGAUCUGCAGCCGCCUCAGCUACUACCUCAGCUGGCCAACCACCACGGCCGUGGUGGUCCAGUACGUGGAAAAAGUCAAAUUCCCCGCCGUGACCUUCUGCAACUUGAACAGGUUUCAAGCUCAUGCUGUGAGCAACCUGAAAGUAAUUUUUUUAAUUUGGAACACUGUAUCUGCAAUUUUCCAAAAAUUUGCUAUGGAAGAAAAAUAUUCCCAGGAGUUAAAUGAUUUCCUUCUUGGGAACCAGAACUUCAGCAUCAAAGACUUCACAAGGCAAAAUGGGUUUUAUCUGAACAGCAGCACAUUGCUUGAAUGUGAUUUUUUUGGAAAGCCAUGUUACCCACAGGAUUUUGAACAUGUGUUUACUGAAUAUGGAAACUGCUUUACUUUUAAUCACAAUGAUCUUUCAGCAAGAAGAGUGAGUUUGUCUGGAAGAGGCUUACAUUUGCUUUUUGAUGUCCAGCAGGACAAAUUCACCGAUGAGCCUACCCUUGGUUAUACUGACGCUGGAAUAACUUUUGUUGUGCACUCACCCCAAGAGCUGCCGCGCUUUGAUGGGUUGGGUUUGCUGACGCCCGUGGGCACGCACGCGCAGGUCGCAAUCCGCCAGCUGAAGUCGAUUAUCCAAGAAUACCCAUGGGGAGAGUGCAAGCCUGAUAUAAAGCUUCAGUACCACAAGAUUUAUAGUACUAAUGGAUGUUUGCUGGAAUGCAAAGCCCGGUACAUACAGGACUGGUGUGGCUGUUUGCCUUUCAUUCUUCCAGGAAAUGGAACAGAAUGUGACUUGCUGAAGUUUUACAAAUGCGUUUAUCCAGCAGUCUAUAAUAUAGAGAUAAAAGGAUUAUGUACAGUAGGAACACACAAUUCCACUUGCCCUGCCCCAUGUGAAGAAACAGAUUAUCCUACCACUGUCACCUAUUCAAACUUUGGAGGAGAAAAAGCCAUAAAAUAUUUUUCUACAAAACUGAAGAAAAGCCCAGAAUACAUCAGGCAAAACCUUGUGCGUAUUGAGAUUAAAUAUCAUGAUCUGAGCUACAAAAUAACACAGCAGCAGAAGGCUUUGACUAUCUCUGAGUUGCUUGCUGAUGUAGGUGGCCAGCUUGGAUUGUUUUGUGGUGCCAGUAUGAUUACAAUCAUAGAACUGCUAGAGUAUGUUUUUACUAACUUCUGUUGGAUGUGCAUCUUUCUUCUUUUGAAAGCCCCUGAAAUGCCUCAAUGGAACAAUCCAUCCCAGAACCAACCAACGCAAAAGGGAAAAAAGAGGAGAAUACAAGAAUGUUAAUGGCUUGUGGAAGUCUGGAACUAAUUGGUUUUGCAAAUUCCCUUUCUUUUUAAGAUACAAAGGAGACUGUAAUAUUUUACACUGCUCUCCUUAUUCUCCCUAUUAUUCCCUAAAAUGAUUUAACUGUGCUAAAUAACUUUAAAGAGCGCAUUUCACAAAGUCUCACUUUCCUUCUCAUAUAAAGAAAAAUGUAAUCUUUAAAUUUGAUUUAAGAAAUUAUUUUUUUUAAAUAUCAUGGCAAGUGAUGCUGACAUAUGAUGCAAUUUAGCAUUCAUAACCCAGAUUUUAUCUUCUGUGUUUUGAGUGAUGAGAAGUAAUACACAUGCCAAUUUAUCUCACAGAAAUUUCUUGACUACCAUAAACAUGGAGCAUUGCUAUUUCUAAAAUGCUGGUUCCUUAUUAGCAACUCUUCUAGUAUGUUAUCAUUGUAACAUAUUCCAUUGAAGAAUAUGGUAACUUCACCUAGAACAAUUAGGAAUGUGCCUAAUAGCAAUAAAAUUUACAAUACUACCUGUGUGAAACACAUCAAAAAAUCUCAUCAGUCUGCCAGCUAUUAUGGAGAACAACAGGGCAUCCAAGUGGAUGGCAAGUGGGCAAACACAG